GCGCUUUAAAUAUGUGAAAUUUUCUACAUUACAUAGUGCUGACAUUAGAAGAUUAGUAUUUGAUAUAUUCUAUUGUAAAUAUGUUAGAAUUUUCUACACUAAGCUUACUUAAGUACACAACUUUUUUGUUAGAAGCGCGAGCUUAGUAAGUAAUUUAUUGCUUUUGCAAAUCUAACAGCGCUUUUCUAGCUAAAUAUUGCCGAAGUGUUUUAUUUUGUGAAUUUUUGUAGGCACAAAUUUCGGGUUUCUACCUUCGAGAUCCCGAAAAUAGUAAUUUAGUUGUAAGUAAGCUACAUAUAUUAUUUCCAGUUUGCAGUUAUGUAUAUGUGCCUUUACUACCUAAAAGAAAGCAAGAAUGAGAAAUCCCGAAAGGUACGAAACCCUUCAAUUUUCGAAAUCACGGAAUUAAAUAACUCAGAACAUAUACAUAUGCAUAUGUUCAGGUAUAUGCAUAUGUAUGUAUGGGCAUACCAACAUUUUACCGCUCUUGUUCUUAUCUCUUUCCUUUGCGCUUAUAAGUUCCUUUCUCAUGCAAUAAGUACACACACACACACAUGCAUAAUAUAUAUGUGUGUAUGCAUGUAGCUAUGUAUGUGUGCUCGGAUUUACUUGCAUGUGUACGUAUUUUGUAAGCAUAUGUUUCUUUUUUAUCUAAAUGCGUUUCACUGAACUCUGUUUCGCUGUCUAUUUGACUCUUUGUCUGUCCCGUCUGUCUGCUUGCCUGCUUGCCUGCCUGCCAGGCCAUUAGCCGCACAUGUAUUCUGUAUGACAUUUAUGUUGCACACUGCGCUUGCAGCAACAAUAACCGUCUGCACACAUGCAUUUAAAAUAUAUACAUAUGUAUGUGUAUUCAUAUGUUUGUGUAUGUAAACGCGAUGGCACACACAUUCAACUUAGAAAAAGGUGCUAAAGUGACUCACAAAAUUGUACGGCGGCUUGUCGUUAUUCAACCGCGCCCAUAACUGUUGACGGUGAAACUUUUUCUCCCCACUUUUGAGCUUUGCAGUUGGUUGCUUAGGUAAAUCAGGUUUGGUUUAUAAUAUAUAUCCACCCUCUUCAAAGCGUUUGAUGCAGUUCGCAAUUGUUUGUUUUUGUUCUUUUGCUGGCAUAUUACCCCUAUAAAAUAACAUUUGAAGAAAAAGAACACUUGAAUCCAUCUGAUCCAAAUCGACAAACAAAAACUACAUUUUCACAUAUUACAAAUCUUUAUUAUCGCCUUCAAAAAAAGUUUUUUUUCAGCCCAUACAAGUUCGCCAACACUUAAUUCAAUUUUUCAUACACUUGAUAUAAGCCUCGGCUGGUAUGGUCUUCAGUGCCCUCAGCGAGGCUUUUUCGGUUUCGUUUAAUUUAUGGAGCGCCAUACGUUAUAUUGUUGGACAGUUUCGACGUCAUUGCUAUGCUGAUCAGGGAGGGUGGUUAUUGUUGUUAGCAGUGCUGCCGAAUUGACUUUUCACGGUCGGUUAAAAAUCCGGGUUUGUGUCGGUUACGUUGAAACGACUGUCGUCGAAACGAAAUAAGCCGUCAUCUCAUCCCUCUAUUGAUGAUAAUUUGACUACUUAUAAGGCUGCUGAGCUUAAUGCCAUUACGUAGAUAUCGGGCGUUGUAAUUAAUAUAAGGCUUUGUAGUUUGCAACUUCUCCAAUGUCCAUAGCAGACAUUAAGUUAUUGUGAUUUUAGUAUUCAUCUUUAUAAUCACCUCAAUCGGCCUACAAAAGGCUCAAUUCUUGCUAACGGACGGAUAUCACAAUCGUGAAAUAUAAGUGCUUAGUCCAUGGAACUUUGGCAAGUGUCUGUGUCGAGCGCUUGUGAGGUAGCGUUCCAGCCUCAGUCCAUGACAUGCUUCAAAAGCGCUUAAUUUUGCAAUAAUCUAUUCAUAUUCUGAAACACCGACUACAACAAACAUCUUUUAAUUGAAAAUGAUGCCUCCGUGAAAAAUUACUCUGUCUAAAACGUAUGUUCUUUCAUGCCACACCCCUUAUAUUUAUCGUUUCGUUGCGUUUUAUUGACGUCAGUUUGUCCGUAAGAAUCAAAAUUGUGUAGGGUCAUGAAGCAGAAAGAGUAUACCAAGCAACGCUCUUACGCGAAAGACCUCGCUUGCCUCUAAUGAAGGUCUAAUCAAACUUACGAGUUCGCAAAAAGCGGAAAUUAGCAACUUGAAACCGGUUAAACUAACAUUUUCUGUAUGUGAAUGCGUUAUGUGCGAGCCUAAUCAGUAGCAACCACACAGCAAACCGGAGGUUUUUCGCCGCACGCCAUUCGAAACACGAUUCAAAGUGGAGAGAUGAGUCAAGUAAAUGUCAACGCGAGCUCAUCAAAUCCGCAUAACAUUAUUUAUUAAGUAUUCAUGUGCAGUUUAGCGCUCACUGUGCGCGCGCGCUAAACGCCUACUGUCUAAGAACUUGCAAGCGUUUACUACUCGCUCGCUUCGCCUGCAAACGUGCGGCUGGCAGCAGUGAGAAGGGUGAACUUUUCUUGAUAUUACCUGCAAUUCAUGCGAUUCAUAUUUGUAGUUCUGCAACAAUGCCAAGCGAAGACUGGUUUCUUCACACACACAUUUACACAUACAGCACACACAGGCAAUUGCUGCGCGCAUACACGUGUAAAAAACCCAACUAACGCGCGCUUCAACACACACACACACAUAUAUAUUGAAGAGAGUAUGGUAGCGCUUACGUUACUUACGUUGCUUACGUUUCACGUUACGCCUGUAAACACGCUUAUGGAUAUAUAGGUACAUAUGGAUGUGUGUGACUUUACUUUGUUAGUGUGCCUGCCGCGCACUAAUAUCACGACGAAAUAGCGCUCAUAUUCACUACGAGAUCACCGCGUAUUGGUAGUCUGGCAAACUUGCGACGUUGACGGCCACCAAACGCUGCCCAGCUUAGUUGUUAUUAUAGUCAGCGCUCGGCUCCAAGCAAGUUUUCAACUUUUCAAGCGUUCUUAGAGCAAAUCGUUUGAAUAGCAUUCGAAGGUAGUGUUGGCGGUAAAAUAGCAUACAACUAUAACAAAGAGAAAGUUAUGUUCAAAACAAGUAAUGCUGGCAACAGCACAACAACAGAAGAACGUGAUCGUCUAACAGAUGGCGAAAAGUCACGAGCUUCCCAUCGAUCCCGACCAUUUUCUAGUCUUCCACGACGUUUCUCUUCGGCCAAGAACUGCGCUGUAGCGGAGACUGAUGCAGAGCGUAUGCAUGCUUUGGGGAAUGAGAGCGCCCAACUGAGAGACGUGAAGGCAGCAAGAAGUUUAUCCCGCUUAAAUACGCUUAACUAUGAUAAUGCUGCAAUAGAUUUAGAUGAGGGUAGCUUAGGAAGCACAAAGCAUAGCUUUCAAAUUAGUAGUUUGGAUAUUUUUCCACAAAUAAGUAAUAGCAACGACACAACGGUCUCGAUGGAGAUGGAGCAGUUGCAAGAUAUAAGACGUGAGGAUAUUUUCCCACACGAGCGCACACCGACUGAUUCAUCGUGGGAUGGUAGCGAUCUUGAAAACGAAUCCAUGCGUUCAACAGAUAUGAGCGACUAUACGCCCGACGAUGCGACACGUGUGCUCAAUGAGCUCGACACGAUCUUAGAUAUACAUGGUGCGACGCAGCUAACCGCGACCAAUUCAUUGGAGACCAAAGUCGAAGACUGUUUAUUGGAUUUAGAUAAUUAUCUAGAAGAGAUGGACGAUUAUAGUUUUAGUAAUAAUGAUGAUGAAGAUAAGAGUUCGACGGAGUUGGCGCGUACACCAAGCCCGAAACGUAUACAUACCCGACAGCGGAAUCGUUCAUUGCCUAUGAGUCGUAAAAAGAGUGCACAACUGAAUGCUGAGCGGGAGCAGAAUGAGGAAGCAAGCGCUGCAGGUGGCAGCAUUGAACGCGGUCAGCUGCUGAGACGCACAAUUACCUCACCGAAGGAAAAGUUGUACGAGGAAACUAUAACUCUACUUUCAGAUCUUAUGGAGCAUUUAGAGCGCACACCGCGUGAAGUUACACGCCUGUCCAGCGAGGAGGCUUUCAAUGAACUCUUCAUAACUGAGAAUAACAAUGCGUGCACAAAUUUGCAGCCAACAGAUCCACCACCUUGGAGGGAGGCAACAUUCGACGCACGUCACGACGAUCAAGCUUUAGCUGGUAAUGAUGACUUGGCCGCUACGCGUCAUACCGAUUUCACAGAACAUCACAGUAUUAGCGCACAAAACGACGAGACGCCAGCAACGAAUGCAAUAGCAGCAGCAGAGACUUUGCCUUUGCGACCCGAGCUCAGACGUUGCCACUCACAGAAUCGUCUGAGCACCACUAGUACCAACAGCCGCACUGAAAUGCUAACACAAGAAGAUAUAUUUAAUAAUUUAUUACUACAAAACGAUAACACCAGCAGCACUUUGGUGAAUAGACCGCGACAAUUUGGGCGACGUGCAGCAGGUCAACCGCCUGUACUUUCUGUACGACCCGACAUACUAGAGGGUAAUCACAGCUUCGGCUCGAGAGGCAAUAACCAACGGCCACAGAGCGCGCCUGCAAUUACCACAGCGACGCGUCAAGCGCGUAACGCCACACACGCCGCCGAGGAGCGUCACACGAACUUCUUGGUGGGUUCGGAUGUGAGUUCAGCGCAUACGUCGCGUAAUUCCAGUCCCAUCACCAUCGUAUCCAGCACAGACUCUGCAUCGACAUCGCCCUCAACCAAUGGUGGUCACACGGCGGCUAUGACACUUGUCACAAACGGUCAUUACGAUCAAACGGGUGCGGAGCAUAACAACACUACACACGCAAGCGCGCAGGGCAGCGAUAAGGAGUGGCCACAUAUGUGCAGUCGCGCCUUCGCACUCCUCUGCUGCACUGUGGGUCUUUUUAAUGUGUCACGCUUUGCGGUGCUGACCAUUGAGUAUGGUGGCAAUUUUGUUUUGCAAUUUUUUUUGCUCUCCAUUCUUUUUGGCAUACCGCUUUUCUUGUUGCACAUGUGUUUGGGCUCAAGAAUCAAGGCUGGCCCGGUGUCAAUGUGGAAGAUCAGUCCUAUAUGUCGUGGCAUCGGUAUUGCUUUGGUGUUGGUGCAAUGUUUCAUUGCUAUUUACUCGACCGUCGCGGUGGCUUGGGUGGUAAUCUAUCUGCGUGACACAUUUCCACACAAAGGACAGGACGGUUACAUGUGGCAGGAAAUGAUUAACCCCUAUCGACGCGGCACAAAUGGCUCUGCGAAUGUAACAGAAAGCAUUACUGAUUAUUUUAAUAUUGUUGUGCUGCAGCGCUUGCACCUUCUGAAUCCAGCGGAUGGUGGUAAUAUACGAUUUCGUGUGAGUAAUCGGUUGGCCUUCAAUUUGACCAUUAUUUGGGUUGUCGUAUUCCUAAUUUUGUGCAAAGGUCUGAGAUCGUUCGGCAAUGCGGUUUUUCUGCUCAUCCUUUUGCCACUCGUCGCAUUGGCAGUCGUGAUUUGUAAACUACUCUAUAUUGUGGAUCCCGUAAAAUUACAGAGCGUCAUCACCACAACGGACUUCAGUGACUUCUUCGAAAAUUCCAAAAUGUGGGUUGCUGCAGCACAGGAAGUAUUCCUAACUUGGGGUCUACUUGGCUCCUCAGUAAUCUCCAUCACAAGCUGUGGACAUCCGCCUAGUCGCAGUGAAAUAUCACUAAGACGCGAUGCUAUCUUUGCCAUAACGCUUACAUUGUUCAGUCUAUCAAUGGCAGCAAUGCUGGGCACACUAUGUGUUCUUAUACUAAAUCAGCAUUCCUACAUUUAUGUGCCGGGUUCGUUUGAAUCACUCGAAUCGUCAAAGUCCGUCUUCGCGCCAGAAUCCAUAACCAACUUGAAUAUAAUUUCAAUACCAGCGAAAUGGAUGCCACAUUACUCCAGUUUUAUUGGAGAGUCAUAUCGGCGACAGCUAACGCAUCAAGAGAGCGGCUACCAAGCUUUACGUUUCGUCAGCGAAAUUCUUCCGGCCACAUUGAUAGCCUCACGUGCCAACGUCUCGUGGGUUUGGGCUGCUGUGAUUUUCGGCGCCUUAACCCUGUUGGGCAUAUCACAAUUGUGCGCCAUGUGGAAACCUAUUUCCAGCGCAUUGGGUAAUUCAAUUAGCGCUGUUUUAUUGAGUUGCGUCACUGCCAUGCUCUUGGGUGUACCCUUCACCACCGAAAUCGGCAUAUCCAUACUGUAUUAUAUGGAUUUGGUGCUAGGUGGCUCAUGGUUUGUGGCUAUUCUUUGGACGGCACAGAUAUUUGGUGUAUUCUUGAUACGCGGACGUCCAUACAAUGGUGAUGAUUUAGUAAAUAAAUUAAAGUUUACGAACACGCUGUCCGCGUUCGUCGCCUUGGCAUGGAAUGUUUUACUUCCAAUUGGUUUGAUAACAUUAUCGGUGGUCAGCUAUAAGUCAUCGUUUUCGAAUCAGUUCUAUUAUUGGCGUGGCAAGUCGUACUUCACCUACUGGGCCAGGAAAGUGGCAGCUUCAUUGCAAAUUGGUUUCCUGCUACUAAUACCGGUUACAGCGAUUAUACAAAUUUAUCGAUAUUUAACAAAUGGACCGCCGGAUAUUUUGGAUCGCAUCCAAUUGCUCUAUCGUCCCGGCGACAGUUUACAUGAAAUACGCAACAGUUCCUUAAGCGAUCGCAGUAGAACCGACUACAGUCGAGGCGGUGGCAACGGCGCCGUUGGAAAUCUCGAACUCAACUCUUAUCAGGCACAAGAUGAUGCACCGCCAAAAUAUACGCCACCACCAUCUUACACCACAGCGACUGGAGCGCGUUUCGCCAAGAUACUACGACAAAGCAUACGACGUAGUGUACGCCGUGUGCUCGGUGAACGCAGUCGCGCACGACCCAUACUCACCAUCGACUCGGAGAGUAAUCAACCCACCACAUCGCUACAUACACACGAAUUAGAUGCUCCACAUUACACCAGCGCCGAUAUACCCAUUACAAAUACGGCGUUCACAACAUCGGAUCAGCAGCAAACUUUCCCAUGCAGCUCAGGUGAGCAAUUGCAGCGCUCACUGUCGCUCGGCCGUAAGUUAACUGUCAAGCAACAACACCAACAACAUCACACAAUUGGCGGCGGCGUUGUACGCAGUCAACGUUCAAUCACAACAGAUGCUGGACAGCGCAAUUUACGUGGUGCACCUUACACCGCAGACGACGUGGUCACCGUGCUGCGUUCGACUUCGCAUGCGACUGCACAGAUGCGCCCCGAUACCGUAGCGGUAGUGUCGCCUUCAACGCCCGAACACUGCGAACUCUCGGCCAAUAACUAUUCAUCGUUCCGUUCGAUUGAGAAUUUGGUGACGAAUGCAGCGCCGAUGGCGCGCAGCGCAGCGUUCACAGCAGCUGCGACGUCGCGCGACGAGGACACUAACGAAAACGGAAGUAAUACAUCUGUGAUUUAAAGGAAAAGUGAGAAAAUGGAGUGGAACCAAGCAAAGUAAACUAAAUGUGUUUUUGCGUGUACUAUGUAUGUAAAUAGUUAUAUAAUAAAAGUGUAUGAGUGUAAUAAAUAA